UUUUUGCUCAGGCCUCCAUCUGCCCCCUGGGAUGGCCUGGGGUCUAAGAAACGCCUAGUUUCCCAUCCCCACCUGUCCCCAUGGAGGCAGACUGAGGACACACUGGAUGAACUGGACCACGACUCCUUCAGGCCCUGCCCCUUGUCCUCCUGUCCCCCUCUCAUUUCUCCUUCCAGGUUGAUUGACUUAUGUGCAAUUUGGGACACUGGAGUUUUCGUUUCCGCUGCAUACUGGAAGGGAGCCUCCUCUGGUGUUACAAGAAGGAGGCUGAAUGAGGCAGAGACGCUGAGCUCUGUCCGGGAGGCCCAGUUACAGCGGCUGGAGGCGGCAGGACCACGUGGGCCAGGGCGCAGGGAGCAGGGCCCAGGGCUGAGGAUGGCCGGGCAGCAGCCGCCGCCCUGGGUCCACGCAGCCUUCCUCUUCUGCCUGCUCAGCCUCAGCGGGGCCAUCGAGAUUCCUAUGGAUCCAAGCAUUCAGAAUGAGCUGUCCCAGCCCCCGACCAUCACCAAGCAGUCAGUGAAGGACCACAUCGUGGAUCCCCGUGAUAACAUCUUGAUUGAGUGUGAAGCCAAGGGGAACCCUGCCCCCAGCUUCCACUGGACUCGCAACAGCAGGUUCUUCAACAUCGCCAAGGACCCCCGCGUGUCCAUGAGGAGGAGGUCUGGGACCCUGGUGAUCGACUUCCGCAGCGGCGGGCGGCCAGAGGAGUACGAGGGGGAGUACCAGUGCUUCGCCCGCAACAAGUUCGGCACGGCCCUGUCCAACAGGAUCCGCCUGCAGGUGUCCAAAUCUCCACUGUGGCCCAAGGAAAACCUAGACCCUGUCGUGGUUCAAGAAGGCGCUCCCUUGACGCUCCAGUGCAACCCCCCACCCGGACUUCCGUCCCCAGUCAUCUUCUGGAUGAGCAGCUCCAUGGAACCCAUCACCCAGGACAAGCGUGUCUCGCAGGGCCACAACGGAGACCUGUACUUCUCUAACGUGAUGCUGCAGGACAUGCAGACGGACUACAGCUGCAACGCCCGCUUCCACUUCACCCACACCAUCCAGCAGAAGAACCCGUUCAACCUCAAAGUCCUUACCAACCACCCCUAUAACGACUCGUCCUUAAGAAACCACCCUGACAUGUACAGUGCCCGAGGAGUUGCAGAAAGAACCCCCAGCUUCAUGUAUCCCCAGGGCACUGCAAGCAGUCAGAUGGUGCUGCGUGGCAUGGACCUCCUGCUGGAGUGCAUCGCCUCCGGGGUCCCAACACCAGACAUCGCGUGGUACAAGAAGGGGGGAGACCUCCCAUCUGACAAGGCCAAGUUUGAGAACUUUAACAAGGCUCUGCGGAUCACCAACGUGUCCGAGGAAGACUCUGGGGAAUAUUUCUGCCUGGCCUCCAACAAGAUGGGCAGCAUCCGGCACACGAUCUCGGUGAGAGUAAAGGCUGCUCCCUACUGGCUGGACGAACCCAAGAACCUCAUCCUGGCUCCUGGCGAGGACGGGAGACUGGUGUGUCGAGCCAAUGGGAACCCCAAGCCCACCGUCCAGUGGAUGGUGAAUGGGGAACCUUUGCAAUCGGCACCACCCAACCCAAACCGCGAAGUGGCCGGGGACACCAUCAUCUUCCGGGACACCCAGAUCAGCAGCAGGGCCGUGUACCAGUGCAACACCUCCAACGAGCACGGCUACCUGCUGGCCAAUGCCUUCGUCAGCGUGCUGGACGUGCCGCCUCGGAUGCUCUCAGCCCGGAACCAGCUCAUCAGGGUGAUCCUGUACAACCGGACGCGGCUGGACUGCCCGUUCUUUGGGUCUCCCAUCCCCACACUCCGAUGGUUUAAGAAUGGGCAAGGAAGCAACCUGGAUGGUGGCAACUACCACGUCUACGAGAAUGGCAGUCUGGAAAUCAAGAUGAUCCGCAAAGAGGACCAAGGCAUCUACACCUGUGUCGCCACCAACAUCCUGGGCAAAGCUGAGAACCAGGUCCGCCUGGAGGUCAAAGACCCCACCAGGAUCUACCGGAUGCCUGAGGACCAGGUCGCCAAAAGGGGCACCACGGUGCAGCUGGAGUGUCGCGUGAAGCACGACCCCUCACUGAAGCUCACGGUCUCCUGGCUGAAGGACGACGAGCCGCUGUACAUUGGGAACAGGAUGAAGAAGGAGGAGGACUCCCUGACCAUCUUUGGUGUGGCAGAGCGGGACCAGGGCAGUUACACGUGUGUCGCCAGCACCGAGCUGGACCAAGACCUGGCCAAGGCCUACCUCACCGUGCUAGCUGAUCAGGCCACUCCAACUAACCGUUUGGCAGCCCUGCCCAAAGGACGGCCUGACCGACCCCGGGACCUGGAGCUCACCGACCUGGCUGAGAGGAGUGUGAGGCUGACCUGGAUCCCGGGGGACGACAACAACAGUCCGAUCACAGACUACGUCGUGCAGUUUGAAGAGGACCAGUUCCAGCCAGGGGUCUGGCACGACCAUUCCAAGUUCCCGGGCAGUGUCAACUCAGCCGUCCUCCGGCUGUCCCCAUAUGUCAACUACCAGUUCCGGGUCAUCGCCAUCAAUGAGGUGGGCAGCAGCCACCCCAGCCUCCCGUCCGAGCGCUACCGAACCAGCGGAGCACCCCCUGAGUCCAACCCCUCUGAUGUGAAGGGAGAGGGGACCAGAAAGAACAACAUGGAAAUCACGUGGACGCCGAUGAAUGCCACCUCUGCCUUUGGCCCCAACCUGCGCUACAUCGUCAAGUGGCGGCGGAGGGAGACCCGAGAGACCUGGAACAACGCCACAGUGUGGGGCUCCCGCUACGUCGUGGGGCAGACGCCCGUCUACGUGCCCUACGAGAUCCGAGUCCAGGCCGAAAAUGACUUUGGGAAAGGUCCUGAGCCAGACACUGUCAUCGGUUACUCCGGAGAAGAUUAUCCCAGGGCUGCUCCCACUGACGUUAAAAUCCGAGUCCUGAACAGCACAGCCAUCAGCCUUCAGUGGAACCGCGUCUACUCCGACACGGUCCAGGGCCAGCUCAGAGAGUACCGAGCCUAUUACUGGAGGGAGAGCAGCUUGCUGAAGGGCCUGUGGGUGUCUCAGAAGAGGCAGCAAGCUGGCUUCCCCGGCGACCGCCUGCGGGGCGUGGUGUCCCGCCUCUUCCCCUACAGCAACUACAAGCUGGAGAUGGUUGUGGUCAACGGGCGAGGCGAUGGGCCUCGCAGUGAGACCAAGGAGUUCACCACCCCGGAAGGAGUACCCAGUGCCCCCAGGCGUUUCCGAGUCCGGCAGCCCAACCUGGAGACAAUCAACCUGGAGUGGGAUCAUCCAGAACACCCCAAUGGGAUCCUGACUGGAUAUACUCUCAAAUACGUGGCCUUUAAUGGAACCAAAGUAGGAAAGCAGAUAGUGGAAAACUUCUCUCCCAAUCAGACCAAGUUCACGGUGCAAAGAGCAGACCCCGUGUCGCGCUACCGCUUUUCCCUCAGUGCCAGGACGCAGGUGGGCUCUGGGGAAGCAGUCACAGAGGAGUCACCGGCGCCCCCGAAAGAAGCUACUCCAACCGCAGCUCCUCCCACGUCGCCCCCGACCACGGUGGGUGCGACCGGCACUGUGAGCAGUACUGAGGCUACUGCCACGGCCGCCACCACCACCGAAGCCACCACAGUCCCCACCACCCCAACUGUCGCACCUACCACCAUCACCGCCGCCACCGUCGCCACAACUACUGCAACCACUGCCGCCACCACCACCACCACCACCACCACGGAGAGCCCUCCCACCACCACCAGGACUAAGAUACAGGAAUCCGCCCCCGACGAGCAGUCCAUAUGGAACGUCACAGUGCUCCCCAACAGUAAAUGGGCCAACAUCACCUGGAAGCACAAUUUCGGGCCCGGAACUGACUUUGUGGUUGAGUACAUCGACAGCAACCAUACGAAAAAAACUGUCCCCGUUAAGGCCCAGGCCCAGCCCAUACAGCUGACAGACCUCUAUCCCGGGAUGACAUACACGUUGCGAGUUUAUUCCCGGGACAACGAGGGCGUCAGCAGUACCGCCAUCACCUUUAUGACCAGCACAGCUUACACCAACAACCAGGCGGACAUCGCCACCCAGGGCUGGUUCAUCGGGCUCAUGUGUGCCAUCGCGCUCCUGGUGCUGAUCCUGCUCAUCGUCUGUUUCAUCAAGAGGAGUCGAGGCGGCAAGUACCCAGUGCGAGAAAAGAAGGAUGUUCCCCUUGGCCCCGAGGACCCCAAAGAAGAGGAUGGAUCCUUUGAUUACAGUGACGAGGACAACAAGCCCUUGCAGGGCAGCCAGACAUCCCUGGACGGCACCAUCAAACAGCAAGAGAGCGAUGACAGCCUGGUGGACUAUGGCGAGGGCGGUGAGGGCCAGUUCAAUGAGGACGGCUCCUUUAUCGGCCAGUACACGGUCAAGAAGGACAAGGAGGAGACAGAGGGCAACGAGAGCUCGGAGGCCACGUCGCCUGUCAACGCCAUCUAUUCUCUGGCCUAACAGAGCCCCCAAGGCACAGCCACUACUUUGCAAGUGGGAAGAAGGGAGAGGGGGAGACGAGCCACUGCAGACCGACCACAAAGCCGCCACCACCUUCAGGGACAAGGGUACCACAGGGACGUCUGCCAAGCUGUGAGGAUCAGUGACCACCCAGCCAACCGCUAGCCCCCUCCCGAUGACCCCCGGCAUCCCGGGGUGCCAGCUGUGGGCGAGCUGGAGCCAUGGCUAAGCUCUGCUGGAGGGAGCCCGGGCCCCUCGCUCAGCCUCACAGCCACCCCGAGCCUCCACCCACGCUGCCCGCCCUCGGCCUCAGCAUAGCCCCUCACCAGUUUCUCUUGGUUACAGUACUUCGCGUUGUCUUUUAUUUUCGCUUUGUCCAUCUUCCCCUCCAAACCCAACAUCUCCCUUUUCUCUUCCCUUUGAAGAAAUGUCCCUGGAAAAAGAAAGAAUAGGUGGAUUCUCCCCCAGGAAACUGCAAAGAUAGGCAAAAAGGACGGAUCCGUAAAUGAACAUAGUAUUCAAACCGCUGCUGGGCCAAUGUAUUUCCGAAGGAUGCCUUUCUCGCCAUACGCCUCCCCGGGCCCCCAACCCAUCCGCCUCAGCCUUGCCGGUUUGCUGAGCUGGGCUUGGCUCCUUUCUGGAAAAUGACAGUAUUUUUGGCAGGGAGAGGGUGGGCAGGCCUCCUUGCCUCGCUCUGGUUCGGUUGGGAGGUGGGCUUACCUCUUGCUCCUUGCUUACCCUGCCCCUUCCUCCAGAGUGUCCAGUACAAGAGCUGCGCUGACUGAAGGAGUUUGAGGAACAGGAGUGGGUGAUGACGGGAAGGACUUCAGCUCCAGUGACCGUGUACCUCAAGCAGAAGACAACCAGGCAUCUGGUCCCUGGGGAGCUGUGCCCACCUCGAGAGACAAGGAAGAGGGCUGGGUUUGGGCUUCCUUCCUCUCCAUCAGUGAAACUCAGGACGUGGGAGAGAAGGCCAUGCCCACUGGGUCCAGAGUCGAGGGUGCCCCCCACCUGGCGGGGUCCGUGCUGCCCUCCAGGAGCUGGACCCCUGUGAUGUGAAGUGUGCUGCUUGGGGGUGGAAAGCACUGCUCCCACUGUCGUCUCUGUAUGAUGUUGAAACCGGUGUCUUACCGUGUGUGGAUGGGGCCCUGCUGCCCCCGAAACUGGGCCGCUGUGUCCUUCCCUUCGGGUGUUCACACAUCAGGAGACCCCUGCAAGAACGCGGCACCAACAGGAGGACUCAGUGCUCUUCGUAUGCCUUAUGCAGCUCUGACCUGUCCCUGCAGUUCCCAGCCCCUCCCUGCAAGCCUUGAAGCCUCCAGUGACGUCUGUCUCAAGGAGAACGGGGUGGCCUAUGCAAGUGUCACAGCAGAGCCAGAAGCAGCCACUCGAGUCGUGCCCAGCAGCCCGUUGCCCCAGAUGGAGACACUCACGGACCUGCAGUUCUCAGAGACCCAAGGCGCCGCCUUCAUCCUCCCCACCUAAUCCAUUUUAAAACCAAAGGUACCUAGCCUCAGAGAGAGAGAAAGAGAUCUUGAGCCUAAGAGUAACCCUUCAGCUGUUGCUGCAGCUAGUGUCGGUUUCAGGAGGGUGAAGCAGACCCCCAGGACUGGACCACCUGCCACAGACACAGCCUCUGAUUGGAGCCUCCAGCUGCUUGCCAGGGAGCCUGGGCAGGAGCAGGGCUGUAUCUUUCAGAGAUUUUAUUGAAGCAUUAUUUGCCAGAAGUUCAAGCCGCAAAAGGUAUUAGCAAUGCUUGCAUCACUUAAUAAUCAGUCAGCUGAAGGUCAAGCCCACUGACACACGUACUCUGUCUGCAGGUAAGAAAGUGUAGCCCAGAGCUGAGCCAGUUUUGUUUGAACCUGAGAGCGAGUAACCGUCCUUUGGCCCAAGCCAUAGCCAGGUGUGCUGCCCGGAAGCCUGAGGGGCAGCUCUCUCUUGGCGGAAGGGGACAGGGUGAACAGUAGGGGGCUAGGGAGCCACUCUGGGGUCCCCUCCCCUGGUUUUCCUCUGACACCUGCCUAGAUCCAGCUGGGCAUUCCUGCAGCCUAGGCCCAGCCUCCCUGAAGGGACUGUCAGGGAAAUGUGCCUGUGACCUGAAUGAAAAGACUGGCUUUUCCAGAAAACACUCUGGAUCUGAGCAGAGUCAUCAGUUUCUCAGGCCCUCAUCCCACACUACACCCUCUGCGCCAGGGAACUCAUUGCACCAGAAACAGGCUCUUUGGGCCAGAAGGACUGUGGGAUGUCGUCACACCCAUCCCCUGCCUCUAGAAAGUCCCCCACACAACUGAUAAUGGGGGAGGGAGAGAGAGGGCUCCUGCUGCCAGAGGAUCUUGGGCAGAGGCGAGUCCUCAGCCUGUCUUUGCUCCUUGGCUGUGCCCUGCCAGGCCCUGUACCCCCACUUUGCGUACAAAGAUAGUGCCGUCAGCCCCCUCCCAGGUCCGUCUUGCUGAGAUGUACCCAUCCCAACACGUGAUCACGACUUUCCUGGCAGGCAGGAGCAGACCCGGGCCUGAACAACCAAGUGUACCCCAAGCAAAGAUGGCAGGUGCUCAGAGAGGUGUGUGUGCUGCAGGGCUAGGGAGGCAGCCCCCGUCAGGAAGAGGAAAGCCGAUUUCCCAUGGAGCCCAGAGUCCACCCGGCUCAGUGGGAAAGCAGUAUUGUCCAGCACUCCCUGCCGGCUGGGGCUCUCAAGCAACCACCCCAAACAUACCAACAACAGUGCCAGGAGAGGGCGAUUCCAUUGGUGCUCCGGCCUGUCUGCGGGGGCAGGAGACGUAGGUCAUCGCGCAGUGGCUCCAGGAAUUCACUGCCUGUGCUGUGGUCUCACAUUCCGUGCUCGGCCGGCAGGGCUGCGGCUUCCUGGGCUCUCAUUUGUCCUCUCGUUCACUCAGCACAUACUCUUGAACAGCCAGUCUGAGCAGGGGACACCACGGUGAAUAGUCAGGUGUGGCCCCUGCCAUCACAGAGCUGGCAGUCCUGGGGUGGAGUCUUGGGACACAGUGGGCACUGACUGGCAGCACUCUGAGUGUUUAAGCUGCCAGUGGCUCCAGGCUCAAAGGGAGGAGCUUUGGAGGGAGAACUGGGUCCGCAAGGCUGGGCAAGGCAGGGACAGUCCUCCUUCCUGAGCUGCUUUACUCUGCCCCUUGGGGCAAGAUGCUUAACUUAACUGUAUUUUAGUGCCUCCAUCUCCCCUAGUCAGUCCCUCCUUUGAAUACCUCUCCCCACAGAGGGGCGGGGCCGGUGUCCCGGGAGUACGCCACUGCAGGGCCAGGGGACAGCUGCCGCCCUCCUUGCCUGGGUUAUGGUGAAUGUGACCCUUCUUUUUUCACCUUGCUUUUGAGGAGAUGGUUAAGUUUAAACUAAAAACUAGCCCCUUCUCUCUGCCCUGAGGGCUUGGAGGCAUCUGGUCUACCCCCUUCCUGGCACGUCUCAAGGCUUAGAGAAAUGUCUACCUGUCCUCAGGGCCACAGUGCCAAUCCUACUCACCCCACAAGGGGGAUCCGCAACCUGGGCCCAGAUGAUGCUUUCGUAGUUUCCCUGAACACAGCUAGCCUUAGUAAAGGGUGGAAACAGAUCUGAGGACAUUUGUGGGUUUUCCAGCUAAGGGACCACCUCCCUGCACGCAUCCAGCACCCACACAGGAGCACGCCCACACGGACACUUGCACACAGCAGACCGGGGUCCCACUGCAGGGCCGCGCUUUCAGGGAGAACAGUCCAGGUUCUGUCCUUGUCUUGAAGAGGGUGAGUCCACAGCCAGGCCUGCUGGAGGCGAGAUGUGACAGGCUGUGUGGUGCAGUUCCCAACUCAGGGCGGAGGGGAGGGGCUGCCCACACCGUGCCCCAUUUGGGCGAUUGCUGUGGGCAAAACCAAGAGAGAAAGAGUCUGAUCAAAGAGGAGGGAACCUUCCCCAGGAACAGCACAGGCAGCAGAUCUUUAAGAGCCCCAGUCACAGGGCAGCCCAAGCAACCUGUGUGAGGAAAGCAGUGAGGAUUCCACACACUCCUGCCUCAGUCUUUGCAAGGCUGCUCCGCAAACACACUGAAGCGGGAAGGUCUCCCAGGCUCUCAGCUGGAGGGAGCUGGUGCCAGGAAUCACUUCUUAGUGGGCGGGCACAGAGCACUCUCCCCACUGGAGACACCCCGGCCACCACUCCAGCAGCCCCUGCCACACACACACAAGCCCAUGGUUGUAAUUUGGUCCACCCUGUUAGAUCCUCUGGAAAAUCACCCGGUGGAUCCUGUUUGAGCUUUGCCUGAUGGCUUAGGAAUAGCAUAUAAGGAGCGCCUGAUGUUAAAAAAAAAAAAAAAAAUCAGAGGACUCAAACGAAUGAAACAUAGAGCUUGAAAUGUCAUGAGGACACUCAGUGCCCUGGGCAGAGCCCAACUCCUAGGCAGCCCCGAUUUUAAACCAGGCAGGGGCCACCCCAUGGGAGUUCAAGCCAACCUGUGACUGUCCCCAGCCUGCCCAGCUAACCCUUUCCUUCCCUCCACUACUAAGUAUGGGCCUUCCUGUGACAGGUUCCAAGAGGAAUGAAGGGAAAGGAGGAUAGCCAUCCAGGGAAGCCACUGGACCCCACCAGUGUCUCAGUCCACACCCGAAACCAGUGCUCCUCUAUCAGUAUAUUAGUAUUAACUGGAUGUUUCUUAAUUGUAAGGAUGGAAGUGAAAUAGACAAAAAGGUCAGAUUAGGACAGGGUCAGACUUCAGCGUGCAGAGGAGUCACAGAGCUGAUCUAGUUGCCGGGACUCGUGGUACACUAAAAUCUCGGGACUUGCUCGAGGUCACACAGCUCGUGAAGCAAGGUGAGGUUAGGGCUUCAACUCAGGCCUCUGACUCCUUGCCCAGUGUUCUUUCAUCUCACCGCAGCUGCCACCCAGGAAACAGAGGUGUUACUUAAGAUGUGUCCUGCUGGUUCACUGUCUCGUUCCUCUUUACUGCUUCUCCCACAUCCCCGUAUACCUCCCCGAACGAAAGACACAGAGGAUUUUCUGAGUCCAAGAGCAGUCAGUCUGUGCCAGCCGGUGGUGAGCCUGGCUGGGCUGUUAAGGGGAGACCCAAGCCAGGACCAGAGAGUGACAGCUGAUUGGUGUUUGUCACUGUGAAGCCUGCACUGUACCCUAGGGUGGUGUCUCUCGCUUCGUGACGCAUCGGGCCACCAGCAUGCAGUGCCCCUCGGGAGAACAGGCGUGGAGGGCUUUCUCCCCUCCACCCUUGGCCGCAGGGUGCCGAGGGGCAGCAGGGCCCGUGGAAGCUCUGCCACCCAGGGAUCUGCUGGGCUGGAGUUCAGCACAUGUAGACUUCAGUGAAGCAAUAAACACAAAAAUCUGGGAGAAGAAAUCCAGAAUUUUGUGCACUUCUCUGUUUCUUUUUCAAAAAGGAUGCAGAUCAGAUGACCCUGCCCUGUUCCCUUUUCUGAUUCCCAAAUUCGACAUCUUCAGUCAGUGUUGUCCCUUUGCCCAGCUCCCAGCUCUCUUUGCCAACCUCACAUUCCUCCUGCACUGAGCAUCAGUCGCCUGUGACGUGGCCGCCUUCUGUCCUGGUCCCACCCUCACCCCCACCCCAACCCACACUGGGUCCCGGAGGACCUCUUGCCCUGCACCCUUCCCCCAACACACACACACAUUUUCCAGUUUGUUCCUUUCAGCGGGGAAGUCUCCCAACGUCUCCAUUCCUUCCCACAUACCCACACACCCACAAAUUGGUCUGAUCUUCUUUUCAUUGGUUAAAUAUUUAACUCGCCAUGGCACACCUUGUUUUAACCCCUCUCACAUCACAUUCUUUCCUUUUUGCGAGUUAUUUUGCAUUAACCAACGUCAGCAACAGAUGAGUAUCUGAGGGUGUCACGCACGACCUUCAGCAGGGAAGGCUUCUGGGCCGUGGAGGACCAUCUAAUACGUGGACUUAUAAACUGACUGCAUGAGCAAUGAAAAGGCCAAAUUAUUUGGAAUUUUUUUUUUGUUGAAUCACUGUAAAAUUAAAAACUGAUUUCUUUUGUAUAGAGAACACUAAACGUAUAAUAAACGUUGUUCAAAAUGAA